UCGCAGGUGGCCGGACACUCAGAACCUAUACCGACAUCGAUCGCCGGACGGGCCAAUCAAUCGUCCACAAACACCCGACGCAACCCAACACUAACAUGAAGUGCGUUAUUGUCGCAGCGUUGCUCGUGGUGGCCGCGGCAACGGUCGUCGGCGCGUCGUCAGUGCGCGUCAAGAAGGACGUCGGGUCGAAGAACAGCAACGAACAGUGCGUGUACGCGGACGUGUCGAAGACGGGCAAGAAAACGAUCGUCUGCGGCGAUCCGGCACCGCCCACGCUCGCCUCCAUCAUAGCCAGUCAGCUACAGAGACAGUCGACGACCGCCGAAGCCCGAGUUCCGUCGGAAAAAUGCUUAGACCUCCUCCACAAGCCCAAGGCCGGACCGGUGUCCGUGUACGUGCAACCGCAGGUCGCCCAGCACCAAGUACAGCCGAACUACGAACAGUUGCAAGUGGUGCACCACCAGGUGCCUCAGGUGCAGUAUGUGCAGCAGCAACAGCCUCUGGUACACUACCAGCCGACGGUCGUCUACCAGAAACCGGCGGCACAAGUGAUACCCUACAAGGCUCCGUGUUCGCAAUACGGUGGUUACUCGGAUGGCGGUUACUUGGGUGGAAAUUACUUGGGUGGCGGUUACUCGGGCGGUGGUUACCGCAUGGCCGACGGAGCUUAUCCCAUGGCCGUUUUGACGAGGACAGCAGAGGAUGCCGAAGAGAUGGCGGGUGCCGAGGGCGUAUACGAAGAUAGUAACAUGCAACCGAUGACGCAGAACUACAUGGAGGCGGGACCGAACGAGGACACGUUGGCCCGCAAAGGGUUCGGCGGUGGUCGCCCUAGAACUGUGGUGAUGCGUCCCACGCCGCUGUUCGUGCCAGCGUUGCUGAGGUCAGCGGACCCGUAUGGAUACGAAGGUGGCGCUGGACCGGAAUGGCAGCCGCAGGAGCGGUUUGUCUCGGAACCGGAAUUCCAGUUCCCGGGCCCGUUCCCGCAACAAGCGGUGGUCGCUCGGUCGAUGGCUGCCGCAGUAGCGGAAGGUCCGUUUGACAGGCGACAGCUCGCGCUAAGUGGUUACAUGCCCGUCCGGCCAGAGACGAUUAUGUCGAUACCGGACCCGUACAACUACGGCGGAUAUUCGAGAACAGCCGGACAGCUAUCACUGCAACAACAACAGCAAUUGCAACAGCAGCAACUACAACAACAACAACAACAACAACAACAAAUACAACAACAGCAGCAGCAACAGCAACAGCAGCAACUGCAACAACAACAGCAACAGCCCCCGCAAGUAGUCCAACAGGUCCAGCAGCUGUCCGGAGGAGAGGCUGACGGAGCGACGGCAGUGGUGCCCACAAAAGUCGAUCCGAAAGAACUAAAACCGGCUGACCGCAAGAAAAUCACGAAAAGCUAAACCCCGUCAUAUUAUGGUUAGUCAGUAUGUAAUAUUAUAAAAUUGUCUUCCGCUUUAAGUUUUCCACUCAACGGAAAUCGUAUCCUGUAUUUUAUUGUGUCCGACUAGACGUUUCUCACCAGCAGCGGUCACUACUUUUAUAAGAUAUAUAUUUUACUAUGUAAUUCCAUCACUGUUUUUUUGUCGUGAACGCGGUUUUUCGAUACUAUAAAGAUAUUAAUAAAUAUAUUACAUAAUAUAGUCUGCUCAAAAUAACGUUUCAUGAAAAAAAAACAUGUCAUAAUAAUAAUCAUUG